GUGCACUACUAAUACCACAAAAGGACAAUAGAAGAAGUAGAAAUCUUUUUAAGGAACAAUCAGAGUCAGCUAGAAGAACAUAUUCACUUUCCGUGGCAGCAUACCAUCAGAACACAGAAAAGAAAUCUGAAUGAUUAGAGAGGAGGGAAGACCCUGUAGAAAGAACUACUGACAAAGAGCAGGCAAUCACUCAUCAUGACCCAGCAAUUCCCUGAGGUGACAACUGAAUUUACCUAUGAUGAAGCAGCUGCAGUUUGUGAUCAAGUACACAUCCAGGCAUUUGGGAAAGUAUUUCUGCCAGCAUUAUAUGCCCCUGUGUUUGUUCUUGGCCUGGUGGGGAACCUCCUGGUGGUUUUUGCCAUCGUGAAGGGCAGCCGACAGAAAAGCAUAACAGACAUUUUUCUCUUGAACUUGGCUAUCUCGGACCUGCUCUUCGUGAUCUCUCUUCCUUUCUGGGCUUUCUAUGUGAUGCUUGGAUGGACGCUUGGGAACAUUCCAUGCAAAAUCAUCUCCUCGCUUUAUUAUGUGGGUUUCUUUGGGGGCAUGUUUUUCAUCACUGUCAUAAGCAUCGAUAGAUACAUGGCCAUAGUUUGGGCAGCAUUUUCGCUGAAAGCCAGAACAGUCAGCCAUGGCUCUCUUACCACUUUUGGGGUGUGGGCGGUGGCCAUUUUAGUUUCAGUGCCACAAUUUGUGUUCACCCAGGAGACAGAGGAACAAUGCACCCCCAGGUACCCUGAUGAUCUUAAGGAAAUCUGGCCUAUUUUCUGCAAUGUGGCAAUGAAUGUCUUAGGAUUCCUUAUCCCAGCCUGUGUCAUAAGCUAUUGCUAUUUUGGGAUCAUCAGGACAUUGCUCUCCUGCAAAAAUCACAAAAAAAAAAGAGCCAUCAAACUAAUUUUAGUGGUGGUGGUUGUGUUUUUCCUCUUUUGGACCCCAUACAAUGUACUAAUUUUUCUGGAAACUUUAAGACACUAUAAAUUGGUUAACCAAUGCCACGAAUCUAUAGACUAUGCAAUGCAUGCGACUGAAACACUAGCAUUCAGUCACUGUUGUCUCAAUCCAAUUAUCUAUGCUUUUGCUGGGGAAAAAUUCAGGAAGUACCUUUGUCACUUGUUUCUAAAGUGCUGCUCAUUCAUGUGCCUCUGUGGGCCCUGCCACCAAUACCAGGCUAGAUCUCCAACUACCACUCCAGAAAGCAUGCUAAGCAGCAACCAGACCCAGAAUACCAGUGACCAGGAUGCCUCUGUCCUUCUGUGAAAGGUUUUAUUAGCACACCUUUAGAAAUACACCUUCUUCAGGCUUCAGGGGGUAGCCGUAUUAGUCUGUACCAGUAAAAACAACGAGGAGUCCUUGUCGCACCUUAGAAACUAACAAAUUUAUUUGGGCAUAAGCUUUCAUGAGAUAUAACCCACUUUACCAGAUGCAUGGAGUGGAAAAUACAGUAAGCAAGAAUAAAUAUACAGCACAUGAAAAGAUGGGAGUUAAAUAUAACAUGUGAGUGUACCUGAAUGCCAGGCAUUUCUUUUGCUCAGCAUUAAUUAUUUUUUAAAAGUACAGCUUUAAUGAUGACAACAGAACAACACGUAAAAACAAUAUUGCAGCAGAAUUAAGAAAAAAAAAGAGAAAAACAGCACCAGGAAGAAAAGAAGAAUUUAAGGACAGAUAAUUUGAUAGAAAUUUAGACUAUCAAAGUGUGUUUGUGAAUAUAAAUAUACCUGUAUGCACACACAUGAAUACUUUUAAGGAAAAAGCAAUCUCUGUAGAGUCCAUGGUCCAGCUGAUAGAUAGUAAUGGGCAAUAAUUGACCGGACCGGCGCUGGCUUUUUUGCUGCCCCAAGCAAAACAAAAAAAAAAAGGGCGGGGCCACCGGAGCAGCAAAGCAGGGGGGAAAAAAGAAACAGCACGGCUGGAGCAGCAAAGCAGGGAGGAACAACACAAAAACGGUGCGGCUGGAGCAUCAAAGGGGGGGGAACACGGCGCGGCUGGAGCGGCAAAGCAGGGGGAACACGGCACAGCUGGACCGGCAAACGGGGGAAGGAACACCAGCAAAGCGGGGGCGGGGGGAGGGAGAGAAACAACAGCAUGGCCAGCAAAGCAGGAGAAAAACAAAACAAAAAACCCUACAGGGCGGCCGGAGCAGCCAACAAAAUAAAUAAAUAAAUAAAGCGUCCGUGCCGCCCUAGGUUUGGGCGGAUGCCGCCCCGUAGAAUCUGCCGCCCCAAGCACGAGCUUGCUCAGCUGGUGCCUGGAGCCGGCCCUGAUAUUUGAUAUACUGUAUGUUGGGUUACUCUCAGAGUCCAGCGUAAACUGAGGAAUGCUUUUGUUUUUCCAUUCUUUCUGAUACACCAGCAUGUUCUUUUAUACUGUAUAUAUUUGGUUUGAAACCUCUUUGGGGCAAGAACCUCUUCUUAUGUCUUAUGGGAAGCACCCAGCACAUUUCUAAAGCAGUGUGUAAAGGGUUUUUGUUUGUUUGUUUCUGGAUUACUUGUUGCUGGUUGCUACAAGUAUUUUAUUUGUUAAUGCAUAGCUAAUAAAAUACUAAUGGUUUUAAAAAGUUCUUUAAUUAUUAUUAUUAGUUUAGUACCAACAAUAUGCUCAGCAUAAUAUGUAAAAAGGGCAGAGACUGGCUUUAAGUUGUUUCCUGAUCCAAAGCCCACUAAAAAUCAAAAGGAGUCCUUCCAUUGACUUCAGCGGCUGUGGAUCAUGGCCUUACAGCCCAAAGCCCCAGUCCAGCCGAGCACUGCAGCAUGUGCUUAAACGCUUUGUUGAAUAAAAGCUGACACACGGAAGAUACACCUGGAGAGGAGAUAAGUAGGUUGGGAUAUUUUUGAAAGCGUCAUCGUUUAAGUUAUAAACUCAAUGAUUGAGUUCACACAAGCUAUUCAAGAGUAGGGGAAAUGGGCCAUAUUCAGUGCAUUGUAAAUAUAUGACUCUUAAUCAUGCCCUGCUAAUCAAUCACAUUGGACUGUUUUUUAAGAAAUUAAAGCAACUCCAACAUCACAGUUUUCUGGAACCAAGGAUACAUCGUGAACCCUAAAGUAUUUACAGAUUUCAACUUCUCUGCCUAAAGUCUGUGAGUAUAAGGAGCAGUUUAGAUCUGUUGGAUUUAAGGCAUGUACUACCUGCCCAAGAGUCAGCUUACAUAUUUUAUACU